AGUGUUAACCGUGUGUGACAGUCCACAGGCUGCUAUAAUCAUUAUAACGGACUGAUUAUUUCUCUGCGCAGUCGCAGCAUGAUCAUUGUAUAAGAAAGUUCUUUGGUCGCAGACGUGUCGUAUCGUAAACUGCGGUUGCUUGAAAUUCGACACGAGAAAUAAGAAGUCACAGGGACAUGGAACGCUGGCACGGUCGGACUGCGGUGGUGACGGGUGCGAGCGCCGGCAUCGGUGCAGCAAUAUGUUUGGGCCUUGCUAACGCAGGACUCCGUGUCAUUGGGCUUGCGAGGAGAGCGAAUCUCGUUGAUGUAAUUGAAGCCGGUAAAGGUAGCAUUCACUCAAGGCAAUGUGACAUCUCAAAGUUGGAGGAAGUGAUAGCAGCUUUCAACUGGGUGGAGGAAACUUUUGGAGGCACCGACAUCCUUGUUAAUAAUGCUGGGGUCAUGUAUCCUGGCCACAUAACUGAGGUGGGCGAUAAACCAUUAAGUGAUGAACAAUUACUAGCAAUUAUUAAUACCAACGUGACAGGUCUUGUGAUGUGCACGCGGAGAGCUAUCGCGUCCAUGGUGAAACGACAGUUUGAUGGGCAUAUUGUUAACAUCAAUAGUAUUGCCGGACACUACAUUCCAUUUUCGCAUAUGUUUAACAUUUACCCGAGCAGCAAGUACGCAGUGACGGCCUUCACGAAUUCCCUUCUCAAUGAGUUGGCCAACUUUAAAAAUAAGAUUAAAGUGACGGGCAUCUGUCCAGGGCUGGUGAACACCGAUAUGGUUUCAAAAGCAGCAACAAUUUACCCAACACUGCAGCCCAGUGAUGUCGCAGAUGCUGUUCUAUAUGCUAUUUCCACGCCACCCAGUGUUAAUAUUAAUGAAAUAUCGAUUUCGCCGACUACGGAGACGAGACUUUAAUUACGUGUGUCAUUA